AUGAAUAUAAUUGCUGCGGCACUAUGGACGGCGCUGCUCCUUGCGGCAUAUCAGUUCCCCUUGGGACUUGCUUUCCCAUCCACGGUCCCCGCCAUGCUAUGGUCGCCUCAUCUAGAUCCAUUAUCUGGCAGAAUGAAAGAAGUCGUUGAUUACAGAAUCCUAUCUCCAGGAGACCUAGCCAACUCUGUGAUGACUGAAGGGGGAUGGUCGGACUUCCUGUGCAUGAGAGAGGAAGCUCUGCCAGCUCUGGAUCUUGCACUUAUUUUUGUAGGAAAACAGUUGCAGUCUCUGGAUAUAUCUGGAUCCAAAACUUCAGACCCAGCACUAGUGGACCUGCUCAAGGCUUCUUUUUCAAAUUCCAGCUUCUCUGUGGCCUUCCCCUAUGUAUCUCCACCAGAGAAGAAAGUGGCAAUGGAAAGCUCUUUGAUUUCAGAAUUUGCAGAUGCUUGCCAUCAUAAUUUACGGCUCAGUAAUAUUGCUUUUCUGGAGUCAUGUUCUGUAGGGGGUGAAAAUUUUGACAAAAUUGCAGAUGUUCAUUCAGUACAUGACUACCUGCUAUCUACAAUGGAUAAGAAAUCUGAUAGGGGAACAAAUCUGAUUGUGAUUUGCCAUGGAGGUUCCCAUUCUAUGCUAGAUUCUGAUCAGCCUUAUUCUGAGGGCCAAAUUCUCUCUGAACUUCUCAAUUCUGUGGAGCAGAUAGGUGCAAAAUACACAGCUCUAUAUGUCUCUGAUCCAUUUAGGUCUAUUCAGUACCCUUCACACCGGGAACUAGAAAGCUUUCUUGCUGAAAGUACUUUUGGAAAUGGAUCAUCAAAUUCAACAGUGUGUGAUGGAGUUUGUCAGAUUAAGUCCUCUCUUCUGGAGGGGAUUCUAGUGGGCAUUGUUUUGCUAAUAAUUCUGAUAUCGGGCCUUUGCUGUAUGAUGGGAAUCGAUACUCCAACAAGUGGAAAUGGGUUUUUUGGGGUGCUGAGAGAAUUUACAAUGGAUCUUGAAACUGGGAACCAUCAGAAUCUUGUUAAGAAAGAAUCUUGGAGAACUGUAUUGACAUUGGCUUAUCAGAGUUUGGGUGUUGUCUACGGGGAUUUGAGUAUAUCUCCAUUGUAUGUGUACAAAAGUACUUUUGCUGAAGAUAUUGAACAUUCAGAGACGAAUGAAGAAAUCUUCGGGGUUCUUUCUUUCGUGUUUUGGACAUUAACUUUAAUUCCUCUUUUGAAGUAUGUGUUCAUUGUGCUUAAGGCCGAUGAUAAUGGUGAAGGAGGAACAUUUGCACUGUAUUCACUUUUAUGUAGACAUGCUAGAGUGAAUUCAUUGCCUAGUUGCCAGUUGGUGGACGAGGAUUUGUCAACUUACAAGAAGGAUAUUAUUAGUCCUGCACCAUCAACUUUUGGGGCAAGGCUAAAAUCUUCUUUGGAAAAGCAUAGAGUGUUGCAAAGAUUUUUGCUUGUGUUGUCUCUGAUUGGUGCUUGUAUGGUGAUUGGUGAUGGUGUAUUAACUCCUGCGCUUUCAGUUUUUUCAGCGGUUUCUGGUGUCGAACUUGCUAUGUCAAGAGAGCAUCACAAAUAUGUAGAAGUCCCGGUUGCUUGUAUCAUACUGAUUGCCUUGUUUGCCCUGCAACAUUAUGGUACCCACAGGAUUGGAUUCUUGUUCGCACCUGUGGUCAUAAUGUGGCUUUUGUGCAUCAGUUUGAUUGGCCUAUAUAAUAUAUUUCACUGGAACCCUCAUGUCUAUCAAGCUCUAUCUCCGUACUAUAUGUACAAAUUUCUAAAGAAAACACAAAGAGGAGGUUGGAUGUCCUUGGGCGGGAUCCUGUUGUGUAUAACAGGUUCAGAAGCAAUGUUUGCUGAUCUAGGACACUUCUCCCAGUUGUCAAUAAAGAUAGCCUUCACAACCAUUGUCUAUCCUUCACUGAUCCUUGCAUAUAUGGGUCAAGCUGCUUAUCUCUCUCGGCACCAUUAUAUUGAAAAUGAUUACCGUAUUGGAUUUUAUGUUUCCGUACCUGAGAAAUUAAGAUGGCCAGUUCUGGUGAUUGCUGUACUUGCUGCAGUGGUAGGAAGCCAGGCGAUCAUUACCGGAACUUUUUCUAUCAUAAAACAGUGUUCUGCAUUGGGAUGCUUUCCAAGAGUUAAAAUAUUGCACACAUCGUCAAAAAUUCAUGGGCAAAUUUACAUCCCUGAAAUCAACUGGAUUUUAAUGCUCUUAUGUCUGGCUGUCACAAUCGGUUUCAGAGACACCAAACGUAUGGGUAAUGCUUCAGGUCUGGCAGUUAUCACUGUAAUGCUAGUCACCACUUGCUUGAUGUCUAUAGUUAUAGUUUUAUGCUGGCACCGGAGUGUCCUCCUCGCAGUUGGUUUCAUCCUAUUCUUUGGAACAAUCGAAGCCCUUUAUUUCACGGCUUCUCUAAUCAAAUUUCUGGAAGGAGCAUGGGUACCCAUCGCCCUGGCAUUUGUUUUCAUGAUAGUAAUGUGUAUCUGGCACUACGGGACACUGAAAAAGUACGAGUACGAUGUUCAAAAUAAGGUAUCUGUUGACUGGUUACUUGGCCUCGGUCCGAGUUUGGGCAUUGUUCGGGUUCGUGGCAUUGGCCUUGUACACACGGAACUCGUAUCUGGAAUCCCAGCAAUUUUCUCCCACUUUGUUGCCACUCUUCCGGCCUUCCACCAGGUUCUCAUUUUUCUUUGCGUUAAGUCAGUCCCAAUCCCUCAUGUUAAACACGAAGAACGGUUUCUUGUCGGACAUAUUGGUCCAAAAGAGUAUCAUGUGUACAGAUGCAUUGUUCGAUAUGGUUAUCGUGAUGCUCACAAGGAUGAUUUACAGUUCGAGAAUGAUCUCGUAUGUAGUAUAGCCGAGUACAUUCGGACGGGAAGAAGAGGUUUAAGCGAAGAAAAUGAAGAAUCGACAAAGCAAUGUGAGGGAAUGCUGGUGGUGGGAACUCCUUCAACUCAUCUAGAUGGGAUUCAAGUGUGUGAGGAGGAAGGGCCAAAUCCAGAAGCUGCUGGCACAUCCGAGCAUAGAGAAAUAGAAAAACACUCCCCACCAGUGAUGAAGCCUAGGAAAAGGGUAAGAUUUGUGAUUCCAGAGAGCCCGAAAAUAAACAGAGAUGCUCGUAAAGAGUUGCGUGAACUGAUGGAAGCUCGGGAAGGCGGCAUAGCCUACAUUUUGGGACACACAUAUGUGAAAGCAAAGAAAGGCUCAAAUCUAGUAAAGAAGAUUGUUAUAAAUUUUGGGUAUGAUUUUUUGAGGAGGAACUGUAGGGCACCAACCUAUGCAUUAAGUGUACCUCAUGCCUCAACAUUAGAAGUGGGAAUGGUGUACCAUAUAUGA